GACCGCUCAGCGUUUUCUGCUCUACCUUAGGAACAUGUCAGAACUUAGUCUGAUUCCCGAAGACAUCACGCGGAUAUCGUUUCCAUGCUGUUCGAAUUCUCCCCCUUGUCUGCCGUCAACCUAUGCCCAGGACAACCCUACGGUCAGCUCACAAGACCGUAUCAACAAGAUCGUCUAUCUUGUCUCAACGUCAUUGACCCCUACGACACGAUGUUCACGUUCUCUCGCAAAGCCCGCUGCAUUUGAGUCGGAAGUUCAGUGCCGUAACGGUGCUAUCGGAGCGCACCCCAGAGCUGUCCAAAGUUUCCCGUACAUUGUGGACACGGCCCUCUUCUUCACGGUCGCUAACAUUCAACCAUCUUUGAAUCUGGGCUGUAUGCCAGCUGUGAUGUUUGCCAUUUAUUACUUCUUUGUUCUGGGUAUGUAUAAUUCUGGUCUGUAUAUUUACAUGGUGCUUCACCAAAGCCAAUGCAGUUGAAUUGAAUACAAAAAGAAUAUAAAU